AUGAUGCGCGUGGCCAACCACGCCGCGGGCUUCACCGUGAACGGGUCUGCCCCGCCCACGCGGCUGUCGCAGGCGCGCGCCGUGUCCUCCAUCCCCAAGGGCGACUUGACGCCUGAGCACCAGACGGGCACCGAGGACAAGUGGGAGUACCCGAGCGAGGACAUGUACUUCAAGGCCAUGAAGCGCAAGGGCUGGGACCCCAAGGCGCAGCAGAUGAAGACCAUCGUGGCCAUCCACAACACGGUGAACGAGCAGAGCUGGCAGGAGGUGCUCAAGUGGGAGAGCUUCCACACGGCCAAUGAGCCCGUCAAGCUCAAGAAGUUCAUGGGCAAGCCCACCGAGUACAGCCCCAAGGCGCGCCUGAUGAACGCGCUGGGCUGGUCCGUGCUGCCCUUCGACCGCCACGACUGGGUCGUGGACAGGGACGGCAAGGAGGUGCGCUACGUCAUCGACUUCUACAGCGGCCAGCCCGAGCCCGGCCGCCCGCUGUCCGUGUACCUGGACGUGCGUCCGGCGCUCGACUCGGUGGAGGGCGUCGUGGACCGCCUGCGGUGGCAGUUCCACGAGAAGAUCAUGCCGCUGCUGCCCUUCAGGGGCGCCUUCUUCGGUCCUGAUGCCGACGCCAAGACGCCGACGGAGGCCAAGGACGACCAGGGCGGACACUCGAAGGUCACGCCCAAGACCAACUAG